AUGGCGUCACUCAACGACCCUCCACCCCUGGACCUGGCCGCCACCCUGGCCGCGCUCCCACCCCUGACUGCCAGCAACCCGCGCGCCGAGAUCCGCAAGGUCCUCGCAUCGGGCGGCUCCAAGAUCCCCAUCCUCGUGGUCCUGGACGACGACCCGACCGGCACGCAGACGUGUCACGGCAUCCCCGUCCUGGCCGUUUGGAACGAGGCCGCCCUCGCCGCCGAGUUUCGCCGCACCGGGCCCGGCUCCGGCUUCUUCAUCCUGACCAACAGCCGCGCCCUGCACCCCGCGCCGGCGCGCGACCUCAUCACCGAAAUCUGCACCAACCUCUUGGCCGCGGCCGCGUCCGCCGGCGGCGUCUCCUUCGAGGUCGUCCUGCGCGGCGACUCGACCCUGCGCGGCCACUUCCCGCUCGAGUGCGACGCCGCCUCGGCCGUCCUCGGCAGGCCCGACGCCACCGUCCUCUGCCCCUUCUUCCUCCAGGGCGGGCGCUACACCCUCGCGGGGGUCCACUACGUCGCCUCCGAGGACGGGGCGACGCUGGUGCCCGCGGCCCAGACGCCCUUUGCGCGCGACGCCACCUUUGGCUACGCAAACUCGGACCUGCGCGAGUACGUGGCCGAGAAGAGCGCCGGCGCCGUCCCGCGCGGCCGCGUCGCCACCCUGGAGCUCGCGUCCGAGAUCCGUGUGCCCGACGGCGUGGACCGCGUGCUGCAGAGGCUGCUGUCGCUGCCCCGCGGCGGCGGCGACGUGAUUAUCGUCAACGCGGCCGCCGAGGAGGACGUCGACGUGGCCGUUUUGGCGCUGCUGCGCGCCGCGGCCGAGCACGGACGGCGGUACCUGUUCCGGACGGGCGCGGCCUUUGUGUCCUCACGCCUGGGCAUCUCGCCCAUCCCGCCCGUGACGGCGGCGCAGCUUGGGUUUGCGAGGGGCGGCGCAGGUGGGCUGGUGAUUGCGGGCUCGUACGUGCCCAAGACGACGGCGCAGCUCGAGGCGCUGACGCGGCGGAGCGGGGAUGCCCUGACGACAAUCGUGUUGGACGUCGAGAAGUUGCUGGAGGACAAGGGCUUUACAAGCAAAAGCGUGUCGGGGGAGGUGAGGAGGGCGAUCGAGCAGGCCGAGAGGGAGAUCACUAGGGGCCAGGACGUGCUGGUAAUGACCAGUCGGAAGCUGAUCGUCGGGUCGGACGCGGCGAGGAGUCUGGACAUUGGGUCGAUGGUCGCCGCGGCGCCGGUGUCGUUCCUGGUCAAUCUCGACACGAGGCCGCGAUACAUAAUUGCAAAGGGAGGCAUCACUUCGUCCGACAUGGCCACAAAGGGUCUGCGGUUCAAGCGGGCCGAGAUCGUGGGCCAGGCGGCCGCGGGCGUGCCGCUGUGGAGGUGCGACGAGCCCGAGUCGAAGUGGGCGGGGAUCCCAUAUGUGGUUUUCCCUGGCAAUGUUGGUGGGACAGAUACACUGUUCGAUGUGGUUUCGGGCUGGAGGGUAUCAUGA